GCCACUUGGACGACGUACUCUAUACCUUGUGUGUUAAGUUGCUGUAUACGGUGAUGACGUGGGUGUUCAUCGUCGUUGCAUGUACUUGCGACCUCAUCUUCAGUGGGGCCCGGGCUAACGUACACCCACCCACACAACCUUUAACAUGAGUGUAUAUGACAAGCAGACCCGUGGCCGGGGCACGGAGACGUUCCCAUUGCUGCCCAAGCCUGGAGGUCAAAGCCUUAACAUUCGGAAUCUCGUCAUAGGAAACGUCGUGGUAUGUCUAUAUUUCAUAGCAACUAAUUUCCAUAAUCCUACAAUGGACCAGUAUUUAUACAGACGGAUGACAGAAAAGGUGUUUGGAAAUGAAACUCACCACGUCUCUGUUAAUCAAACCUGCUAUGUAAACAAGUCAGAUAAACAUUACCUUCUUCAGGAGAAGGCUCAGCAAAUGACAUCAAGGAAACAAAUGUAUUUCACAGUGGCCCGGGGUAUAUUUGUUGUUCUGAAUAUCGUAUUCGUUGGAGCCUAUUCUGAUUUUAUUGGUCGGAAAGUGAUGUUUGUUGUGGCCAUGACGGGUUGUAUAGUGAGAUACUGUACACUGACCGCCAUCAUCUACUGGGAACUGGACUUCAACUACUACUUCAUUGGGGAGAUAAUCUCCGGUAUAACGGGUUACGACUACUCCUUCCUCCUGGCGAGUUAUGCCUACACCGCCGACAACACUCCUCCCAAGAAAACCAGGACUAUAGCAAUAGCCGUUCUUGAAACAACUCUGAGUCUUGCAAAUGCUGCUUCCCAAACGGCAAGUGGAUUCUUUAUCCAGCGAACUGGAUUCCUCUACCCUUCGUUCACCUCGGUCAUAUUGAUGUUACUGGCGGUCGUGUUUGUUCUUCUGUGUGUCACGGAGACUCUGCCGCGAUCAGAAGUGCAACAGAAAGAGUGUUUUGGUCCCCGCAAAGGCAUCAAAAGAAUUGUUGGAUUUUAUCUAUUUGAUGACACCAAACAGACCCGUCUCCUGUUUAUACUAGCUUUGGUGACGUACCUGUUCUUCAUCUUGCCUUCGAGUGGUGUAUCCAACACUGGAACGCUGUAUGUGCUGAACAAACCAUUCUGCUGGACUCCUGAAACGAUUGGGUAUUAUACAAUGGCGGGGACUGCGCUGAAGCAGGUGUUUGGUGUGCCGAUCAUUAAGUUCCUCCAACACUGUAUCAGUGAUGAGAUCAUUGGAAUAGCCAGCUCUUUCGUGAUGGUGGCAGCGUAUACUCUCCGUGGGCUGGCGUACACAGACUGGAUGAUGUAUGGGGUUGCAGGACUGGAGGCUUUCACGUUUGCGAUUUCCCCGACGGUUCGAGCGAUCAUGUCCAGAAUGUCACCAAAAGACAGACAAGGUUCUCUCUUCACGUGUCUGAUGCUGAUACAGAGAGUGCUUACAUGGUCAUAUCUUGUGACAGGUUCUCUCUUCACGUGUAUGAUGCUGGUACAAAGAGUGCUUACAUGGUCAUAUCUUGUGACAGGUUCUCUCUUCACGUGUCUGAUGCUGGUACAAAUAGUGCUUACAUGGUCAUAUCUUGUGAGAGGUUCUCUCUUCACGUGUCUGAUGCUGGUACAAAGAGUGCUUACAUGGUCAUAUCUCGUGACAGGUUCUCUCUUCACGUGUCUGAUGCUGGUACGGAGAGUGCUUACAUGGUCAUGUCUUGUGACAGGUUCUCCCUUCACCUGCCUGAUGCUGAUACGGAGAGUGCUUACAUGGUCAUGUCUUGUGACAGGUUCUCUCUUCACGUGUCUGAUGCUGAUACAGAGAGUGCUUACAUGUUCAUGUCUUGUGACAGGUUCUCUCUUCACGUGUCUGAUGCUGGUACGGAGAGUGUUACAUGGUCAUGUCUUGUGACAGGUUCUCUCUUCACGUUUCUGAUACUGGUACAGAGAGUGCUUACAUGGUCAUAUCUUGUGAUGAGUUCUCUCUUCACGGUUCUGAUGCUGGUACGGAGAGUGCUUACAUGUUCAUGUCUUGUGACAGGUUCUCUCUUCACGUUUCUGAUACUGGUACAGAGAGUGCUUACAUGGUCAUAUCUUGUGAUGAGUUCUCUCUUCACGGUUCUGAUGCUGGUACGGAGAGUGCUUACAUGGUCAUAUCUUGUGACAGGUUCUCUCUUCACGUUUCUCAUACUGGUACAGAGAGUGCUUACAUGUUCAUAUCUUGUGAUGAGUUCUCUCUUCACGUGUCAUAACUGUACAACAGUCCAGAUCCCUGAUGGUUAAUUCUGACUCGAACGCCGAUAGACAAGGGCAACUCCAUGUUUGUUUGUAAGCACUGAAAAUAAAACCUUCCUAACCUUUCAUAUUUUCAUCUUUAUCCCUAUAUGACCCCUAAGGAUACCGUUUUCAAUACGUCAGCUUUAUCUUGCCAAAAGCAAUACCCAUAAAUGAUUAUAAAUUGUGACAGGUUCUCACUUCUUGAAUGGUUACAUCAUAGGACAGCUUCUAUCUUGGUUAAAUCUUCUGUCAGGUUCUCUCUUGGUUAUAUCUUCUGUCAGGUUCACUCUUGGUUAUAUCUUCUGUCGGGUUCUCUCUUGGUUAUAUCUUCUGUCAGGUUCUCUCUUGGUUAUAUAUUCUGUCAGGUUCACUCUUUGUUAUAUCUUCUGUCAUGUUCUCUCUGGGUUAUAUCUUUUGUCAGGUUCUCUCUUGGUUAUAUCUUCAAUCAGGUUCACUCUUGGUUAUAUCUUCUGUCAGGUCCUCUCUUGGUAAUAUCAUCUGACAGGUUCACUCUUGGUUUAAUCUUCUGUCAGGUUCUC